UUGAGGUCUAGUCGCUUGUAUAGUGAGCUGUUUUUUCCCCUUUCUCCUUCCGAAACCGGCGCAAUGAUCAAAAGCGAUUGUUAGGGGUCUCUAGACGCUUGUAUCUUUUACGAGCAACGGGUUUUGAGUGUUUUCAAUUGAAAUGAAUAGUUGGAUGUGAGAUUGAAUGGAAUGAAUUUAGUAAGCGGAACUCAAACAUAUAGAUAAGAUGUCUAGUAAAGUGAAACGAAAAGUAACUGUUGAAAAUAAUAAAGAUGGGGAAGAUCAACCAAGGAGGCCAAGUGUAUUUGAAAGAUUAGGACCAGGUGCUGUUAAUAUAACUACCCAACCAACUGAUAGGCAUAAUCGGCAAGAACAGAAUGAAAAAUGUAGAAACUGGUUACGUACAGGCACCUGUGCUUAUGGGAAUACAUGUAGAUAUCAGCAUGAUCCUUUUCCUGGAUCGUCAAGACGAAAUACUAAAUCUGAAAAGGAAAUGGAUGAAAAAGAUUUGAGGCAUAAAGUUAGGAGCAAAAGAGAUGAACCGAAAGAAUCACGAACAGGAUCAGUGUCUCCAAAGAGAAAGGGAAGUAAGCGAAGUAAUAGUCGCAGCAGGAAAGGAGAGCAUGAAAGUAAGAUCAAGUCAACUGUUGUUGUAACCAGACCUAGAUCACCUUCUGGAACUACAACAGAUGCACCUGAACCAAAAAAGAAAAGUGAUGGCAAUUGGGAAGAUGACUCAGAUGAUUGGCCCAUGGAUGCUGCUCAACUUGAUUACAAGGAAGAACUUACAUUAGAAAGAAAAAGACAACAGUUGCAAAGAGAAUUGGAACUGGAACUUCAGAAAGAACGUCUGUUGAAUGAAAAUGUGACUAUAACCAAAACAAUAUCAUUCAGUGAAAGUAGCAGUAGUAGUAGCAGUAGUGAUAGUGGAAGCAUAUCUAGCAGUUCAGAAUCCAGUAGUAGUAGCAGUGAUGAUGAUAGUGAUGAAAGCAGUUCAUCUUCUUCUUCUUCCUCAUCAAGUGGAUCUCGUGCACCAACAAAGAGAAAGAGCAAAAAGUCAUCAUCUAUGAAAGAUUCAAUUUCAGACAAAAAUCUGGAUGUAAAACCAAGGGAUGAUUAUGAUAAAAUAAAAAGCAGUCGAGCUUCAAAAGCUCAAAAACAUAGAAGUCCAUCUCCACCUUUCGAGGGAAGAAGUAGCAAAAAAGGAAGAGAUAAACGUAAAGUUUCUCCACUUUCACCUAAAAGGAGGUUUCCUGAAUCUAGGAGUGCAAGUGGUGGCAGAUCUAGUUUAAAUAUUAGAAUAAGAGGUCCAAGAACUCCAAGUCCUGUUGUUUCAUCUCGAAAGCAGAGACAAUGGGCCCAAAGUUCCUCGGCGGAUAGCAGAUCGGCUGAUGUACAGCGUAGUCGAGGUAAAAGACACAAGAAGAAAAAAGAUGUUCCUAAAAGUGAAAAGUAUAAGCAUGAUCGAGGACCACCUACACCACCACCUUUAAGCAGUCCAAAUCGUACAGCUUUAAUGCCAAUUAUGCAGUCAUCUAAAAAAUCAAAGCAACGAGAUGAUUCUGUUGGGAAAGGUAAGCAUAGGAACAGAGAUGCUUCUCCACUAUUACUUUCCCGUAAUUCAGGAUCAAGCGUACAAUCUGUGAAACUUCUUGGUUCACAUCGUUAUUUGGCUGAAGAAAAAGCAGCUGACAAACAUCGAUCCGAUGAUAGAUCAAAACUUUAUUCACGGAAAGAUGCAGAUGAAUUACUUCCAUUGCAUAAAAGAACUGAUAGUCGUGAAAGAGGUGGUAAACGGUCACGGUUAUCACCUCGAAAGGACAAUCGGAAAGGUUCUAUAUCUCCUCAUAAGGACAGAUAUGAAUCUGAUUUAUUAUCUAAUGUCUCACGUAAAAUGUACAUAUCAUCGGUGCCUGACAAAGAAGAAAAAAGUGAUCGACAUAGAACUUCCAUUUCUCCAACAAGGAGUGAAAGGAGAAAAGGAGUUAGUGAAAUGGAAAAGAAACGAGAAAUUAGGGAAGUUUCACCAAGACUUCAUGAUUCUCGUCGGGACAAUCAGUAUCGCAGCAAUGAUUAUGAGAAACGAGGUAACGAAUUGAAAGUUAAACGACUUCUCUCUCCAGAUACAAAGAAAGGUAGAGAAGACCGAAAUCGUGAUCACAGUCAAAAAGAUAGAAACAUUGAUUAUGAAUCUAAUUUGUGGUCAGCUGAUCAUAGAAAGCCUAAUGCAUCUUCUACAGGACAUAGAACUCCUGAGCUCAGAGGUCGACAAGAUGUUAUUCCACAGUCUUCCUUAUCAAGGAAUGAACGAUCUCGUGAAAGAGAUCCUGAUCGAAAAAAACGAAAAGACAGGGAUCUAUCUGUUAGAUCUGUUGAAGAUCCUGAAAGAGCUCGAUUAUCACCUUCUCGAAGGUCACCAUCUCCCAUUCAUGGGCAUCACACAGUAAGAGAAAUUGAAUCACUAACAGGUAAUAGAGGUCGAAUAUAUGACUCAGAGAUACCUCCUGGGGAAAGGGAUUAUGUGUAUGGCUACGAUCCCCUCCAUGAUCCAUAUAUGAACGAACGACUUUUGCCUUCUGAUUAUGAUCCAGAUGUUAUACGAGGACCUUCCCUGUAUCCAUCUGAUGUAUAUCCAGACACUCGAUAUAGAAGAGAUGUAAAAGAACCUGGUGCAAUUUUGGACAGAUACAGUAGCAGAGAUGUUGUGUCACCACGAGAAAUAUUGCCACACAGAGAUAUUAUUAGCCUUACUGGACGUAAUGAAGAUUACCUCCCUGACAUACCAAUUGAUGAUCGUAGCUAUGAUGAAAGAUGGCCUAGAGGAAGAGGGAGAGAUGAUUGGGAUACUUAUCCUGCUGUUACACCAGCUACGCUUCCUCCACAUGUAGCAGCAUCUCUUGAUGAAGAUCGCUAUGGCAUGCCAAGACGACGACGUGCUUCCCCAGAUUGGCAACGAGGUAGACUUGAUGAUAGGGAUCCCUCAAUGGGCCCUUUGAAUCAUAGACAAUUGGGAAGAGGUGAAGGUAGAUCAAGAUCUCCACCUAAAGGACCUGGGGGAAAUCGUGGCUCUUGGGGUGAACGUGGAGGUCGUCAUGAUAAUAGAACUGUAGAAAACCGACACGACGAUUCUCAAAAAAGUUUAGAAGAUAGAAAGACAAGAAAUGUCAGGAAAGAUCGUGGUAAACGUAAAGAGGAAAUCCCAGAGGUUAAACUGCCACCUGCAGCAAAAGCAACUGGCAAACGAACGCAUUCUACAUCUCCACCAGUUAAAGAUGUAAAAAGGAGGAAAGAAGAUAUUCAGACACCAGAAAUAACAUCUUCUGAUAAAGGUUCAAUGAGUUCAUAUAAAAGACUGAAAGAAGAGUUUAAAGAAGUUAAACUACUUAGCCGUAGUCAAAAAUCAGCCAAAUCUGAGGUUUCUUCUCCCAUGAGUGAUUUAUCACAUAAUUCCUUGGUAUCCCAAGACAAAGUUGAAGUUCCUGUGAGAAAUGAAACCAAAGCUAAAGAAAGGGAAGAAAGGAAAUCUAGGCAUAAUGAAGAUGGAAUGCGUGAUGAUGAUGAUUUCAGUGACUGGAGUGAUGGAGAUGAUGAGUUACUAAAUAGAGAUGAUUUUGCUGAGUCUGAAGCUAAUAAUGAAAAUUUAAAAGUUCGGCAUAAAGCUGAUGAAAAGGUUGAUGAUGGAUCUUUUGGAAAUUCUAGACGUAGAGAAAAAUAUUCAAAGGAAGAUACAAAAAAGAUUAAAGAAACAAGUAGCUGUACCAAUAGCAAAGACAGGUCUAAUGAUGAGCUUGUACAUUCUAAAGAUAAAGCAGUAUCUGAAGGGAAAGAAACAGACACUAGGGAUACACUUUUGUUAAAAGAUGAUGCAGGACCCCGAAAUGUUUGGGUGAAGAAAAUAUGGCCCGCUGGCUAUGCUACUGAUGUUGAUGAAUAUAUAACUGCUGAGAGUGUUGAUUAUGAUCCUAUUAGUGAUGAUGAAGAUGAUCUAGAUGCUCUUAUUGAAGAACCUGAUGAAUCAUUGAUGAAAACAGAAAAUGAAAAUGAGAAGUCUAAAGCUGUUGAUGCUCUUGAUGUAGAUUGGUCAGCAUUGAUCACUGAGACGAAAAAACAAUUUGUUCCUGGUUUUGCAAGACAAAGAUUUAAGGCAGCACAUGUGUUGUCAAGAAUUGGGUUUUCACAAGUUCUAGCUGGACCUGAACUGAGUGAAAAGAUCAUUAAUAUAUGCCAAAAGCAGCUUAAAGAAGAAGAACAAAAUGAUGGAAAUGCAGAUAAUGGAGAGAAAAAAGAAGAGAAGAAAUUUGUAAUGGAACAUCAGUUGGCAGCAUUUCAUGUAGCAAUAUCACAAAAUAAGAAGGAACGCGUUAAUAUUUUUAAACAAGUUGGCCCUUACAGGCGGGCUUUAUGUGCCCGCCGAGAUCUGCAAAUAAGAAAAUUACUAUGCAAACCCAUCAAUAAGUUUACAGCUAGCUCAACUGUGACUUACAGUCCUCAGUAUAGUGUUGUGGAUAAGGAUUUAUAUAAACAAAGUCUUGAGUUUCUGAAGUUAAAGAAACCUGCUGAACCUCAACCGCAAACUGUGGAUGUUUGUUAAGAAAUGUGAUUUUAAUGUAUAUAAGAAAAUCAUAUGAUAUUCAUCAAAAUAAAAUUGUUUCAUAUAAAUGA